AUGAGCGAGGAGCAGAGGAAGAGGAAGAACCAUACCUUGUCUCCGCUUCCCGUCUUACAGCCUGCCUUUUCGUUAUAUAACCUCGCCCACUGCUUCGACCGUCUUCUCGAGAAAUCCUCCGCGAUGGAGAAAUUCACCAUAAUCGCCGUUCCCCCAGUCCGCAGACGGAAGAGGAGCACGCACAGGACAACCUGGAACCGGUCUUCUUUCCCAGCCCUCUUGGCCAAAGCCGACAACGACAGACCUGAAAUCUUUCUCAGCUCUUGCCUCACGUCUCCCAUCAUGCGUGCCUCCCAGUUCCUCUUCUCUACCGCGCCGCUCUACAUGACCGUCUCCGCUUCGCCCUCAUGUUUUAGUCCGUGCGCUGCGCUUGUUGCCACCCUACCCGGCGCGGUAGCCUUCCCCGACACGCCGGCGUACGCCGAGUCCAACACCUACUGGUCCAACCGGCAGUCCGAAGUCCAGCCAACGUGCUUCGUCACCCCGGACCACGGAAGAAGUAGCGGCGGCCACACCGCCUUCGCCGGCGCCUCCAAUGCCCAGGGCGGCGUCACCCUCGACCUGCGCAACCUCAACAAGAUCGUCGUCUCCGGCGACCACGAAACCGUGUCGGUCGGCCCCGGCAACCGCUGGAUCGAGAUCUCCACCGUCCUCGAGCCUCUCGGCCUCGCCGUCGUCGGCGGCCGCGCGGCCGACGUCGGCGUGAGCGGCCUCAUCCUGGGCGGCGGCAUCUCGUACUUCUCCGGGAGGCGCGGGUGGGCGUGCGAUAACGUGCGCGCGUUCGAAGUCGUCCUCGCGUCGGGCAAGAUUGUCAAGGCCUCGGCGACCGAGAACAAGGAUCUGUUUUGGGCGCUACGGGGCGGGCGACCUCUGGUCCGGCGACUCCAUCUUCCCGGGGCCAUGGCCUCGUCUCUCAUCCCUCAUUUCGUGGAUCUUACAAUGAAUGGCCUUCCUUCCGACCUGGACGCCCACAGCUACUUCGUCGCCACCGAACAGCCCGCCCUGGGCGGUCCCAUCGUGCUGACGUCGUUUUACCACGCCAACCCUCCCUCCGCCGACUCGGUGCCUCCCGUGUUCCAAAAUCUACGAGACCAACCCAAUGCCAUCUACUCCAGCUCUGCCGUCGCCAACGUCUCCACUCUCUCGAGGAACAUCGACCAACCCUACGGACAGCGCCAAACGUGGUGGGACACCACGAUCCGCGUGGCGCGCGUGAUGGCCGCCGCCAACGGCACGCCUCUCACCCCUUUCCUCGUCUUUCAGCCCAUCUCGACCAACAUUAUCGAGGGGAUGCAGAAGAACGGCGGCAACGCCCUAGGCCUCAAGCCCGAGGAUGGCCCUCUGAUGAUUGUCCAGACAUCCGCCUCCUGGGAUGACGGCUCCAUCGACUCCAUCGUCGAGGAGAGCUGCCAAAGGUUCAUUAGCGAGGUCGAGGAGCUCGCCAAGCAGUUGGAUGUUCCCGCCGGGCCCGUCUACAUGAAUUACGCGGGUAGCAAGCAGAGGGUGCUUGAGAGUUACGGAGACGAAAGCUUCAAACGACUCAAGGCCACGGCGAACAAGUAUGACCCAAAGGGCAAGCUUCAUUCGCUAUGGACCGGCUAUUUCAAGGUCUAA